UCGCUAAAUAGGAUUGAUAAGAGGCGAAUACACGUUGCGAUAGUUGCGGUAUUGUGGGCAUAUUUUGGGUUUUAAUCGCACCCGUCUGGGAUGUCCACCAGUCCUGUUCGGGCAGCCUGUUAGUACAGCUGCGACGGAAAGCGUGAAUCCUGAGCUCUGAGUGUCUAUGUGCAUCAUUCUUGAUUGCUGCAGCAAUCUCGGCGCGAGUGUGUGAACAGUAAAUUAGUUCAAAUAGUCGUUUGUUCUGGUGGUGGGACUAGUGUGACGGUGAUAGUUUGUAUACUUCUCCUGGAAUACAGUACUCAUCAUGGAUGUAAAGUUACUGAAAGCCAACAACAUUGCGAUCCAACUUCCUCCUCGAAGGAAACAGGCAAACGCCAAAGGAUUAUGUAUAAUAUGCCUCACUACCACACUGGCGAUCGUAUGCUUCACAUUGGGACUGUUUGUCCAUAUCUAUAAGCCGACACAACUAAUACUGGAAGAUCGGCUGACGAUGCGCCAGAGCAUGCCUUACUUCAAAUGGUGGAAAACCACAGACGACGUGCUGGUCACAUGUCGAAUAUUCAUCUUCAACGUCACCAACUCCGACCGCUGGCUGGAAGGGUUAGACGAUCAGCUCAUGCUGGACGAAGUGGUGCCGAUCGUGUACCGGGAAACGCUCGAGCACGAAAACGUUACAUUUCACGAGCACAAUUCCACAAUAUCCUACGUAACCCGGCGGCGUCUGGUGUUUUUGCCCGAGCGUAAUGUCCCAGGAAUACUGAACAAAACGAUCAUCGUGCCGAACAUUUCAUUGCUUGGUGUUGCCGCCAGGAUGGAAAACGACAGUUACUUCAUGAAACGUGGACUCCAUUUUAUUUACUCCAUAUCCGGCGAUUCAGUGUUCAGCCGGAUGACUAUUUACGACUACUUGUGGAACACGAAGCCACCGUUCUUGAACCAGGCCCGAAAGUUUGUCCCGAGUAUGGUGCCGUCGGACAAUGUUGGUGUACUGAAAACGAUGUACGAGGAUAACGAGGAUCAUGUGAACGUGCGGUACGGUAAACAGAACGGACACGAUCAGUUCUUUAGGAUGAACACCUACGAGUACGAACCCACGGUGCCAGGGUUCAGUCUCACCAAGGGCGAUUGCUUCGCUUCCAUCCAGAACUCGUCCGAGGGGGCCACUUACCCACAAAACUUGGACGAACAGUCGGUACUCAUUUACUGGCGCAAAACCCUCUGCCGAGCUGUGCCGCUGUACUUCGAUCGACAGGUGCGGAAAGGACCGCUCACCGGGUACAAGUACGUACUGCCGGAUGAUUCGUACGAUCGUUUGCCCAACAGUACCGCUGACUGCUACAAAGGACAGUUUGGCCUGCUCGAGGAUGGAAUGACGGACACCUCCAAAUGUUCUCAUGAUGUUCCCAUCGUGGCCACGAGCCCACACUUUUAUGCGCGCAAUUUCUCCGCUGCACAUAAGAUAGCGGGCAUGAAACCGAACCGGGAACAGCAGCACAGCUACGCGAUUGUCGAUCCGUCCUUUGGCAUACCGUUGGACCAGUGUGCCCGCACCCAGACUAAUCUUGCUAUACCGACCCUUACCAACUAUCCGGCAGAAUUCAGGCGCUUCAGCGACAUGAUCAUUCCGAUGUUCUGGAUUGAAUAUCAUCAAAAAGAAUUGCCCAACUACAUCGUGCGAACACUGCAAGCAUUUCACGUGACACGUACCAUCGAACCGUACCUGCCCUACGCGCUGUACCUGUCCUUCAUCUUGCUACUAACGGUCGCGUUCCGGGAGGCAGCGCGCUAUAAAAUGCAGGGCAGGAUAUCACCGGCAACAAAGUAUACGGCGAAACGCAAGCUGACCAGUCUUUAGCGAGAGAUGCCGAAUGUACAUAAGUUGCGUUUCAGUUCUCUAUACUUAAAGCCCAUCACCCCCACCUUCACCAUCAUGUCAUCAUGUGCCAUCCCCGUUGCUUUGUGAUAAGUUCGUACCGUUAGUGCCAAACAAAUAAAAACGAAACUCAAUAUGCUUUUGCUA